AUGGCCGACGCACGAGCUCUUUUGCGACAACAGCGCGCAGCACGGCAGCAGGCGCAAAAGCCCCAAAAGCAAUCGGCAGCUCCUGCGACGGCACCCGCGUCGAAAAAGCGCAAGGCUACAGACGAGACAGUGGAGGAGAGGAAACGCACGCGAACCGAGGAGGAGGCUGGUGUACCAGCGGGCUUCUUCGAUGCUGGAGCUGCAAAGGAUGGAGAGGAAGCCGCGCCGGCACCUGCAGACCAGAAAAGCGCGCCAACACCAGAUACCCAGCCCCCAGAGGCACCCAAGGCGCCUGAGCCCCAACUCGAUCCCACAGCCCAAGCAGAGCUCGAUGCCUUCCUGAACGAGAUGAACGCCGAGAAGCCCAUGUCACCACCGCCCAAGAGAUCCGCCUACUCGGGCGCUGUCAUCGAGGCCGCGCCCAUGACAGCCGCCCAGAUCGCCGCACAAGCACGAGAAGACCAGAGUGCACAACGCGCAAGGAGGGACGAGGAGAUGGAGGGCGAGAAAGAGGAUGCUGCGCGGGCGCUCGAAGACGAAUUCGAGGAGAUGGAAGGCCUUGAAGAGAGGGUGAAGCGGCUACGGGAACAGAGGGAAGCAUUGCGAUCCAAGUCUGGAGCACCAGUCGAGGCAGAGAGCGUUGCGCCAGCGCCUCAAGCCGUCGAAGAAGAUGGCGAGAGCGAGUCCGACGACGAAGACUGGGACGACUGGAGGUUCCGUCCCGCUUGA